AUGGGCGUUCCUAACAACAGAAAAGUGAUUUUGAUAGACAACUACGAUUCCUUCACUUGGAAUCUCUACGAAUACUUAUGCAGGGAAGGCGCCGAAGUACAAGUGUUCCGUAAUGACAAAAUAACGCUGGACGAGGUAGUUGCAUUGAAACCAGAAAUAAUGUUCAUCUCGCCAGGGCCUGGUCAUCCCAAGACGGAUUCCGGAAUAUCCAGAGAUUGUAUACGGCACUUUACUGGUAAGAUCCCUGUUGUGGGGGUAUGUAUGGGACAACAAUGCAUGUUCGAAGUAUUCGGAGGUGAUGUUGCUUAUGCUGGAGAAAUCGUGCACGGAAAAACAUCGCAGAUCACGCAUGACAGUAGAGGAAUAUUCAAAAACGUACCACAAGGCGUUGCAGUGACCCGUUACCACUCUUUAGCUGGACAAGAAUCUACUCUACCCGAUGUACUUGAAGUCAGUGCCAGAACCGAGUCUGACGUCAUAAUGGGGGUUAGACACAAGACCUACGUAGUAGAAGGUGUGCAGUUUCACCCAGAAUCAAUACUUUCUGAAGCUGGCCGUACCAUGAUCAAAAACAUUUUAAACUUAAGAGGUGGGACUUGGGAAGAAAAUGAAAGACUAUCCGGUUUGAAGCACCCAAGGGGUUCUUCGAUCUUGGAUAAAAUAUACGCUCAGAGACAAGAAGAUGUAGAUAAACAAUCUUCAACUCCUGGAUUUACGCAACGCGAUCUACAAAGCAACUUCGAUUUAGGGCUUGCUCCCCCGGUACAAAAUUUCUACGAAAGACUUCAGCUAAGUCCCAAUAGUGUGGUGAUUGCUGAAAUAAAGAGAGCAUCCCCCUCCAAGGGAGACAUCGAUAUAAACGCAAUUGCUGCUGAACAAUGUCUAAGGUACGCUAGAGCUGGUGCUUCUGCAAUCUCAGUUUUGACAGAACCUCAUUGGUUCAAGGGAAGCAUCCAAGACUUGAUUAAUGUUAGAAAGGCUCUUGAUAACGAGUUCAAGCACAAUCCACAGGACCGUCCAUGCGUGUUAAGAAAGGAGUUCAUUUUCAGCAAAUAUCAAAUUCUAGAAGGUCGUUUGGCAGGAGCAGACACAGUCCUUCUGAUCGUCAAGAUGCUGCCUCAGCCUUUGUUGCGUGAACUGUACGAGUACGCCAGAACUGAGGUAGGUAUCGUACCAUUAGUUGAAGUAAGCUCAAAGGAAGAAAUGCACAGGGCUAUUGAGCUUGAUGCCAAAGUGAUAGGUGUUAAUAACAGAGAUUUACAUUCAUUCUCUGUUGAUCUCAAUACCACAAGCUCAUUGGUAUCUGCUGUCCCUGCUGACACAAUACUGCUUGCUCUUUCUGGGAUCACGAACGGAACUGACGCGAAAAAAUAUAAAAGCGAAGGUGUGCGCGGUUUCUUGGUGGGAGAAGCCUUGAUGAGAGCAACCGACAUUAACUCUGUUAUGGGAGAACUUGUCAUUUAA